AUGCAACUUAUGAGCGUGGUGGUGCCGGAAUGGCAGUGGUCGACGACAGCUGCGGCGAAGGCGGUAGCGAACAAUCGAGAGGAACCGGUCGCAGCGAAAUCUGUGCACGGCUCAACCAAGAAGCAUCCAGACAAUCAACUUGGCGUGAUAAGUUACAUGAAAAAUCGAGCAAAUGCGUUCAAGAACUUGAAGAAUACCAGUAAGCUGAGGCGUAAAGUGGCUUCGACCGGUUGCUCCAUAUUGAGCCGCUGCGGCGCGCUACGAACGAAGUUUGCCAAAUCAGCGAAUAUCUUUGUGCCAAUCCUACGAAACUUUCUUCUCCUCAACGCCACUGCAGCUCAUUUCACCCGUUACGGAGCCGCACAAGCACACGCCGCUUAUUAUUCCUCAUCGGCCGAUCGAAAACGCCCAACAAUGGAGACCGGCGAAGAUCACUGCGAUUUUUGCAUUGAUUCAAGUUACGGAGCCGCACAAGCACACGCCGCUUAUUAUUCCUCAUCGGCCGAUCGAAAACGCCCAACAAUGGUGACCGGCGAAGAUCACUGCGAUUUUUGCAUUGAUUCAAGUCGCUAUCCGCUCGCCAGGAAAAAACAUAAUAUUGUGGACAACUUCCACGGAAUAGAGCUAGAAGCAUUUGCUGAAAAAACUGGUGCUGGCGGCGACAAAAACUGCGGGAAACUAUGCAAAAAAUGCAUCUUCGCGCUGGCAUCCGGUGCGUUGGCCAAUUAUUAA